ACAGUGUCAGCUCGCCCCCUGGCGGCCUAGUGGAGAAUGGGCAGGGAGUGGGGGCCCAUCCCCUCCGUCGUCUACGCUCCGGCCCUCGAAGCCAGUCCCAGAAGAUGGGGCAGCCCGAGCCGAGCCGGGCAGACCUUAGUCGGUCGUGUAGCCUCACAUCUUUAAGCCUCCGUUUUUCCACGAACAGAACGGGGAUCCUCGCCGAGUGCCCCGAAGGCAAAUGGGUGCUUCGUGAGGAUGUGCACCUGCGGUUCCCACUCAGCCCUAUGGGGCAAGAGCUAGAGCGACGCCCGCUUCAAUGGGGGAGACGGAGGACAGCACAGGCGAUGCAGAGGCAGAACUGGAACCCGGGCCCCCAGUCCUGUCCUGGGCUGGGGUAGCCUAGGCUGGCCCCUGGCAUGAGCCCAGCCCCUCCCAACGCGUUCGGGAAGCCACAGCCGGGCAGGGCGGAACCGUGGGUGUCCCUGGCGCCCCAAGGUGCCAAUUAAAUGCUCGUGGCUGUCUGGGGCCAGAGCUGUGGACGGCGGCAUGGCCGAGCCAGGGCCAGAGCCGGGACGCGCCUGGCGGGUGCUAGCCCUGUGCGGGGCGGCGGUGUUCUUGGCGGCCGCGGCCGCCGGCGGGGCCCUGCUGGCCUGGAAUCUGGCCUCCUCGGCCUCCCGGAGACCUCGCUGCCCGGAGCCAGGUGCCAACGCCACGGCACCCCCCAGGGACCUGACGCCGGAGGUCGACGAACUGCGGCGCCAGCUGGCAGAGGGUACCCAGCGCGCGGAGGCCCUGGCCAGACAGCUGAGCCAGGCCAACCGUGUCCGUCGGGAGCUGGAGGAGACACUAAGGGCCUGCGAGGGCCGCCAGAGCCGGCUUCAGACCCAACUGAUGACCCUGAAGAAAGAGAUGGAGGAGGCCAAGGCACAGGGGACCCAGAUGGGGGCGGAGAACGGGGCGCUCACAGAAGCCCUGGCGCGCUGGGAGGCGGCAGCCACGGAGUCCGCGCGGCGGCUGGACGAGGCGCAGCAGCGCGCACGCGCGGCCGAGGCCGAGGUGCUCUCGCAGACCGAGCACCAGUACCUGGAAGCAUACCAGCUUCUCAGCCUGACCUCAGAGACAGCACGGAGAAGCCCCUCACUUGAGCUCGCUUGGGCAGAGCAGCUCUCCAACUCCAAGUUCACUCCCGCUUACUCGGCUGCUCCCGGAGCACUUCUGAAGCACCUCUGUGAGCUGGGGCAUCAGGCGGGCUGA